AUGGAGGGUCCGGGGCUGGGGGACACGCUAUCGUCCAGAAGCCGCGGCAGCGGCAGGAGCUGGGGUAGCUCCAUCUCGCACUCCUUCCGUCAUCAGGGCCUCCAGGCCGACACCGACGACCCCUUCAGGCGAGGCUCCCGGCGGCACGACGACGACGACGAGGAGAACCUGCGGUGGGCGGCGCUGGAGAAGCUGCCCACGUACGACCGCAUGCGCCGCGCCAUCGUCCUCCACGAGUUCGCCGUCGGGGGCCUGGUGGAGAUCGAGCACCUGACCAGCGGGGAGGGCGGCCGCGCGCUGCUGGAGAGGGUGUUCCAGGACGACAGCGAGCGCUUCUUGACGAGCCUGAGGGAUCGGGUGGACAGGGUCGGUAUCGAACUCCCGGCCAUUGAAGUACGCUACCAGGAUCUAUCCGUCCAGGUGGACGCCUUCGUCGGGAGCCGAGCCCUGCCCACGCUUUGGAACGUUGCCACCAACUUCCUCCAGGUAUCUCACUGUCAGAUUGCCCAAAUAAUGGCUCCUCGUCCGAUCUAGAAACCCUUGUCUUGGGUCUCCUGCUCGGUCCCAAGACCCUCGUCUCGCAUGAAGUCGCCGUCAUUGAUCAUCUUGUGCAUGUAGGCAUCAUGGUCCUCGGCAUAGUAGGCCUAUGGAUAAUUUGACAUCACAAACCUACUCUCAAACGCAAGUGGAUGAGUAAAUAGAUGAUCAAUGGCCAUAACUGGUCGGCCGACAUUGGGAGUGGCAUUCCCUCGAACACCUUGCGGAGCACGGGCAUGUUCUCCAGCGCAGUCGCUUGUCGCGAAUCUAGGAUUUUGUGCUAGGGUGGGCCAACUAGACACAUUUUUUUCUUCAAUACCAAAAAAAUAAUGUACAAUUGUAUUGGUAUGUAAUAACAAUAGAAAU